GAGAGAGAGAGUGUGUGUGUGUGAGAGAGAGAAGUGACCCCCUCCACCCUCGUCCUGACCAAGUUGUAAAAGGGUCACUCGGACCUGAAACGUUUAUUCCGCUUUCUCUCUCCAUAGAUGCUGCCGGACCUGCUGAGUUUCUCCAGCUAUUUCUGUUUUUGUUUCAGAUCUUCAGCAUCCUCAGUUCUUUGGGGUUUUCUGCUAUUCCAUAAGAUUGUGACUGAUCCAAUCACUGUCCUGCUUAUCUUCCAUAACUCUCAAAAAUCUGUCUAACGUAACUUUGAACAUACUGUAGUCAAUGACCAGCCUCUACUAUUGGCCAAUGAAGAGAGUUCCAAAGGCUAAUGACCCUCUGAAAAAAUAAAUUCGUCCCCAUCUGUGCCAUAAAUGGGAAUCUGUACCUUUAAAUUAUCCACAUGAGUUCAGCUUUUUUUCAAUACGACCAUCUCUAUUUUUCUGCUGUCCAAUUAGCAGAGGCCCUAUCUGCUUAACCUUUCCUCAGAAGAUAACCCCUUCAUCCCAGGAAUCAACUUAGUGAACCUUAUUUGGAUUGUUUCCAGGGCAAGUAUAGCCCUUGUUAAAUAAGGAAACAAAAACUGUCCCCAGUACUCUAGGUGUGAUCUUACUAUUUCCUUGUAUAGUUGUAACAAAAUCUCCAUUUCUUUAUACUCCACCCCACCUUACUACAAAGGCCAAUAUUUACAUUUGUCAUCCUGAAUUACGUGUUUCUCUCACACAGUAAUUUAACCUUUUAUGUCCAUUUGCACAUGUUUUUGUGUACCUUACAUUCCAUCUUGCACCUCUCCUUCUGUUACAUGAGUUCUGAAGAAGGGGCCCAACCUGAAAUGUCAAUUUUUCUACUCCUCUGAUGCUGCCUGGCCUGCUGCGUUCCUCCAGCUCCACACUGUGUUGUCUCCCUUUCCUUCUGUUGGUGGAUUUAUCGUAUACUGGCCAAAAAUUUUGAAUGUACUUCAAAAAUCCUGCUCUCUCUCUACUCCUUUUGAACUGAAACCUUCCUUGUUAAUUCUGGGAUGGUGAAAAAAAAUCAACAAAACUGCUUUGUUGAUUUGGAGAUAGCAAGAACUGCAGAUGCUGGAGUCAGAGAUAUCAAAGCGUGGAGCUGAAGAAGGGUCCUGACCUGAAAUGUCAACUUUACUGCUCCUCUGAUGCUGCCUGGCCUGCUGUGUUCUUCCAGCUCCAUACUGUGUUGUCUCUGCUUUGUUGAUUUUGCACUUCUUGUCUAUGUGUCUACAUGUUUGCCUGUCUGUCUUCCUUUACCUGUUUGGGACACUCAAUGACCUAUGUUUGGAUAACUAGCCUCUUCUUUCCAGGUUUCGGUCUCCUCCUUUCUUGAUUGUUGUUACAUUUGCUAUUUUCCAAACUUCUGGGACCUUUCCAGAAUCUAGGCAUUUUGGAAGAUUGCAGGCAAUAUAUCCACUAUCUCUGCAGAAAUGUAAUAUAUGGAAGGGAACCCAACAAAGAAGGCUUCAGAGAUAAAGCAAAUUAUUGUGAGAUCAGAAUGAGUAAACUCCACCACGAAGCAGCAAGACAUUCUACGUGAAUGAUAGCAGGACCUUGCUCAUCAACCUAGCAGUUUGAUCUCAGAGAGAGAAAUUUAUACAUAAAAAUAUUCAAAAUUAGAAGACCAUGGAGAAAAAUAAGAACAGGAAAAAGCUGCGAAUUUGUGUUGCCACAUGCAACCGUGCAGAUUAUUCCAAGCUGGCUCCCAUUAUGUUCGGCAUCAAGGGGCAACCUGAACUUUUUGAUCUGAAAGUAGUUGUUUUAGGAUCUCAUUUAAUUGAUGACUAUGGGAAUACAUAUCGCAUGAUUGAGCAAGAUGAUUUUGAUAUUAACACAAGUUUGCAUACAAUAGUUCGAGGUGAGGAUGAGGCAGCCAUGGUUGAGUCAGUGGGACUUGCUCUGGUGAAGUUACCAGAUGUACUCAACCGUUUGAAGCCAGACCUCAUGAUUGUUCAUGGAGACAGGUUUGAUGCAUUGGCAGUCGCCACCUCAGCUGCCUUGAUGAACAUUCGGAUUCUGCACAUGGAAGGAGGUGAGGUCAGUGGUACCAUCGAUGACUCAAUCAGACAUGCCAUCACCAAAUUAGCCCAUUAUCAUGUGUGUUGCACUCGCAGCGCUGAGCAGCACCUGAUAGCCAUGUGUGAGGAUCACAAUCGAAUCCUGUUGUCUGGCUGUCCUUCUUAUGACAAAUUGCUCACUGCAGGAUCCAAGGAUUACAUGAGCAUUUUGCAGACCUGGCUAAGCAAAGAUGUGAAACCUCGUGAGUACAUCGUGGCUUUACAGCAUCCUGUUACCACAAACAUUAAACAUUCCGUUAAAAUGUUCGAGCUUACGCUUGAUGCUCUAAUAACGUUCAACAAACGCACGUUGAUUCUGUUUCCGAACAUUGAUGCAGGAAGUAAAGAAAUGGUGCGUGUGAUGAGGAAGAAGGGGAUUGAACAGAAUCCAAAUUUUCGGGCAGUGAAGCACAUCCCAUUUGAACAGUUUAUACAGAUGGUUGCACAUGCUGGCUUGAUGAUCGGGAACAGUAGCUGUGGGGUGCGGGAAGCAGGUGCAUUUGGGACACCUGUCAUCAAUUUGGGAACACGCCAAACUGGAAGAGAGACAGGUGAAAACGUUCUCCAUGUGCGGAAUGCUGACAGUCAGAAUAAAAUAUUGCACGCUCUGCAGCUCCAAUUUGGGAAACUGUACCCUUGCUCUAAGAUCUAUGGUGAUGGGAAUGCUGUGCCACGGAUAUUGAAGUUUCUGAAGUCGAUAGACAUGAAUGAGCCUUUGCAGAAGAAGUUUUGUUUCCCACCUGUGAAGGAAUGCAUCUCCCAGGAUAUUGACCAUAUUCUGGAAACACAGAGUGCUCUCGCUGUAGAUUUGGGAGGAACCAAUCUGCGGGUGGCCAUUGUCAGCAUGAAGGGUGAAAUCAUAAAGAAAUACACUCGAGCCAAUCCCAAAACAUAUGAUGAAAGAAUUGAACUGAUUCUGAAGCUGUGUGUAGAGGCUGCCAGUGAAUCGGUGAAGCUUAACUGCAGAAUUCUUGGAGUUGGCAUUUCCACAGGUGGCCGUGUCAACCACAAUGAAGGAAUUGUGCUUCAUUCCACCAAACUGAUUCAGGAAUGGGUCUCAGUGGACCUCCGCACGCCACUGUCAGACACCUUACGGCUGCCUGUUUGGGUAGACAAUGAUGGCAAUUGUGCUGCUCUGGCAGAAAGAAAGUUUGGUCUAGGAAAAGGAGUGGAGAAUUUUGUAACUGUGAUCACUGGCACAGGAAUUGGAGGGGGAAUCAUUCACAAUAACGAGCUGAUUCAUGGCAGUAUGUUCUGUGCUGCUGAGUUUGGUCACAUCAUGGUGUCAAUGGAUGGACCUGAAUGCACGUGUGGGAGUAGGGGCUGUAUAGAAGCAUACGCUUCAGGAAUAGCAUUACAAAGAGAGGCAAAGAGGUUACAUGAUGAAGAUUUGCUCCUAGUGGAAGGAAUGUCUCUCAAAAAUGAGGAAACAGUGAGUGCAAUUCAUCUCAUUCAAGCUGCAGAACGAGGGAGUACUGAGGCACGGAAAGUCCUCCGAACAGCUGGCUGUGCACUUGGAAUCGGUAUUACAAACAUUCUGCACACACUGAAUCCAGCUCUUGUUAUUCUCUCUGGAGUUUUAGCUGCUCACAAUGAGAGUAUUGUGAAAGAGGUGAUCGCCCAACGAGCCCUGCCAUCCACACAAACCGUUGAAAUAGCUGUGUCUCAUCUUUCUGAUCCUGCUCUCCUUGGAGCAGCCAGUAUGGUUUUAGAUUAUGCAACACGCAGAACCUAUUAGACCAAUGGGAGUCUGUUCCCAGAACUGACCAUGUUUCCAUUUAGAAAUCUGAAAUUAAUUUAAGCUUUAUUCUUAACCUUUCUUCUUUAUUUGUUGAGUCUUCCAUGUGAAUUUAGUACUGCCCCAAAACCAGCUUAAUUCAGAUGAAAGAUUGAGUGGAACUGUCUUUCAGAUUGUGUUAGUUUAUAACUUCUAUUCUAUUAACAACACUAUUUCCAAAACACACACUCCCACAGCCUCACAUUUGUGCAAUUCAGAGAUACUAUAUUCCUGUGAAAUUCCAGAAUGAAGUCUAAACUAUCCUUUGGCUUAAGCCACGGCUGCCAAAAUGGAGUCAGGACCCCAAUGGGGCUGUGGGUUAAAAUUCUUGAGAAAUCUGAGGUAGUCAUGGUUGCCAUGGAAUUCAGACCAAGUAACAAUAAUUGCGCUCUCACUCAGGCCCUGCUCUCGCUGAGGGGUCUCGAUUUUCAAGUUAAGAUAGGGUUAUAGUGGGAAACAAUUUGGGAAAUGCUGGCUUUCCAGUGAAAUAUAAAAAUUUUGAGUUCAUGUCCGAGGUGUUUUGAUCAACAACACUAUUAGUUCAAAGGGGUCAUAGAAAUUAAAAUCAGCAUGUUGCUGUGCCUUGUAACGUGUUAUGUUGCAGAAUUUGUUCAUCAUCUUAUUGCCGUUAAGGCAAAGCAAUCCUGGAGCUAAACCUUCGAUCUUGAUUUAAAUUAUGUUCCAGAAACCUUAUGGAGUUUGCAGACACUUAAACCCUUCGAAAAGGAAAUCAAGCUUUUAGUCUCAAGUUUGCGGUCCACGUAGGCCACUUUGGUACAGCUUCCAAUUAGGUUAUGUAUUUACAUUUUCACCUUACAACCUUGACAAAACAGCAGCGGUUCAUAAACCUGCUGUUGAACAAGAGGGAGGUGAAACUGCCUUCUUUCAUUUCAGCAUUUUGAAAAUGACUCCAGUUUUUACUCACGCCCCAAUUAGAAACUCAUCCUUCACAUCCUUAGCCUGACAGAGCUUUAAAACCCUCCCAGUCCCAGGAUCUCUGACAUUUUUACUCCUAAGGACGGAAAAUGUGGCAAACUUGUUAGAGACAUGUUUGACGGGCGACUUCCUGUAGGCAGAGUUUCUUCCGCAUUUAGUAAAAAUUCCUGAUUGAACUUAUCUACAAGAAAUCCUGGAGAAUAUGGUAAGCUAGAGUAAGUGUGUCAGGUCAAAUGAAGAGAAGGGCAGGGUGGGGGAGACUCAUGUGGAGCAUAAGCUCAGACAUAUACCAGUUGGGCUGAAUGGUCUGUUGAUGAACUGUAAGGAAGGAUUGUGAAAAUCUUGGGAGGAGGAAACCAAAUAGAUGGAGGCACAACUGUAUGGGACAGGUGGAUAAAAGUCAGCUUUCCAAGGGCAGGACAAAAUUAUGGAAUUGGUUUGACUGCAACUUGAUGACAGACAGCAAACUUCGGGAACCUCUUUAACACAUUAGAAUGUUAUAAAUGAUCAUCUAAAGGUAACCCUGCCACAAUUACUUGUACCUUUUCAAUGCAUUAAUCAGUAAAUGAGCAACAUGUACCUUUAGAUUCAUGACUGCUUCAGUGUGAUGUGUGGUUGAUAGGGCAAAUUGGGAGCAAGUUGUUUUCUGUAUCGGGAGCUUUGCUGAACUGCUAGAGAGGAGAGGUUGCGAAGUGAGAACCGCUGUUGGAGCAAGGCAUGGGUAACUGAGCGAAGGCAGUAGCAGUGGCUCCAACAGUCUAAAGUGGAGAGGAGCUGCUAGUUAGAGAACAGAUGGCAGUAGUUCCUGUUCCCAGAAUCUCCCCUCGGACUGCAGCAAUAAUGUCCCACACUCACAAGGAAUGAACAUCCUACAGUCAGGGGGAAUGGGGGGAGCAGAUGCCUGGCCGGGCUACUUGUGAACAAAUGCUUCAUUGGCUGCCUGCUGCCCACUGCCCGGCCAAUCAUUGAAAUGCAUAUUUUUCUGGUUUCCCCCACUGGACAGUUCCACCCACAAACACUAACUAGUUAUACAUGGCAUAGUUCACACAAAGACUAGACAUACAGAAAAAUUUGUAGCUGCCAUGGAAAAGAUGGCACGCAAGAUUUUAUAAAUCCAAAGAAUUAUAAUCUCAUACCAAAUGGGGACCAUUCUCUGAUGGAACUCCCAAAAAGGACUUAAUAUAUUGAGCGCAGAAAUGAUUUGUCCCAGGCAUUUGUCACUGUUUAUAUUGUGUGCUGAGCUGAAUAUGUUUAAAUUAAAUUCUACAUAACUUGUUUGUGUAUCACUGUAGUUAAAUGAGAAAUAAGAAUUAUAUUUCCAUUGCAUCGUGAAAUUAAUUCAUUAUCUUGGAGCAGCUUUUGCUGGAAUUCAAGUCACCAAACAGCAGUAUUUUAAUAACUUUUUUUCUGAGCAUUACUGGUCCUUUAAGAAAAAUGAAAUCUUAACCAUGGUCUGGCCUUCACUAGUAGGUUAGUAUUAACAGGACAACAAUAAUUUGUUCAGUUUCUUCUCCAAUUUGCCAACCUUGAAACCUAAACUUUUUUAUAAUUUAUGUCAAUCACUCAUAUGAACUUUCAAAUUAAAUCAGUGACAUAAAUUUAAAAAGUUACAGUCCAUGCAACUUCUUCCUUUCUCUGCCAGUACUGCCUUUGUCUAAAAUGGUAAAAAUAGAGUAAAUUAAUGGUGAUGAUGAAUUCUGUGAUCAGAGUUAAUUAUCACAAACCUCCUUAGGGAGGAAGGGAUGUGGCUUUUUUAGUACAUAUGGCUGUCAUGGUGGUAGGUAAGUUAUAAGGCAGACAAGUCAAGAAUUUUAUUUUUGUUUUUUGAGGGUAAGGAUGGGGGAGGUAGAUGGAUUGAUUACAGGGCAGCUAAGAUAGUGUUUGUUUACAAGGAAGUAAAGACUAAACUAUAAUGUAGAAAAAGAAAUACAUCUUUUGCUUUAAUAUUAGCAGAAUUAAUGUUUCCGACCUUUAUCUGCAGUAAAAUUUAGGCAAAAUGUUGUUGUCUUUGCCUGUUUUGAAGUUUUGUUUUCCACUUCUGUAAAAUUUAAGAAUGAAGGUAAUGAUUGUAAUUAAUUUAUUGCCUAAUUGUAUCAAAAUGGCAAAAUCACUGAUUGUGUUAGUAAAUGAAAAGCUGUGGGGAUUUUUACAUGAACAAGGAGGGAGCUAUGUCUCCCACACCCAUCACCACUGAAGCUUUCUGUAUGUUUCCUGUUCCUAUUAAUUGGGUUUAGUGAAGAAAUAUUAACCCAAGGUUUUGGAAAUUUGAGUUAUUAAAAGUCUAUCGAUGGAAAUCCUAACUUUUUUAUAACCUUUGUUCAGUGAAUCUUAAUUAGUGUGCCACAAAAAAGAAUUUUUAAUGUUAAUUAAAGUACAGUGUUGCAAUCCUAACAUUGUUGUUGGGACCCUAGCUCACUGGAGUUUAUUUAUGUUGCUUGGCUCCAUGAUGUAAGUGAAAGUUCUGUACACUGCUGUAUAUGGUAACUGCAGUGUCCUGACCAUCAGACGUUAAAAAUUUUAGAAUGCAACAAAGUUGCUUAACUCUCUGAUGUUUAGGUAGAGGCAGGUUUACAAAAUGUUUGCAGCAAUGGCACAUUUAUACUGAUAAGCUGAAUAUCAUUUUAAAUAAAAAUGAAGGACUUGAA